UAUUUUCUUGGCCAUCGCGAAGCCAACUGACCGAUGUGAAAGUGCUCCACGGUGUGCACCAGGUUAUCGAGGAACACAGCGACCUGUCUGUCUCGGGUAAACACUGGCGUGUGCGCCAUCUGGUAACUAAACGUCACAACUUCUGCAACGUGGAGAUGUCGAAGUGCCAACAUAAACUAACACUUGGUUGUAAUAUUGUUUUCACAUUUUGCGGAUUGUGAUAUCUGAAAAAUGAAAUAAGUGUUGUAUAUACAUUCAUUGUUCAUGAUAUGCCCCAUUUACUACAAUUCAGAGAAGUGUACUGACGUAUAAAUACCUUCUUAAUUUUACGAGGGCACACGAGAGUUGGUCAAACGUUCUCACUAAAACAACUUCCACUCAUGCGAUUACAAUUUCGUUCAAUAAUUAUUGUCUGCAUAGUUAUAUUAUGUAACAAUACAAGUCAAUCCUGUGACAGUAUUCACGAAAGCAAUUGUCAUGAACUGAGGAAAGAUUCGAAUAGUGAGAUAAAGUUUUCGAAGUUUGAACAAAUUUACAUGCAAAAGGAAUGUUCUAAUUCAGAACUCGUCGUUUUAGAAAAAGAAUCGCCCACACACUCAGACGAACAAUUAGAAAAUACUGCAACAAUGGCUUCACGUGAAAUUAUUCAUGUUGAAUUUGAGGUUUAUGGGAAGGUCCAAGGAGUAUUUUUUAGAAAGAAUACUGUAGAUCAAGCUUCAAAACUUAAACUUAAAGGCUGGUGUAUGAACACUCCAAAUGGUACGGUGAAAGGUGCUAUGGAAGGAGAUGCUGCCAGUAUUCGAGAAAUGAAACACUGGCUCGCAAAUGUUGGAAGCAAAAUGUCUCGCAUUGAUAAAGCUGAAUUUAGAAAUGAAAAAUCUAUUACAACUUUUACUUUCCCUAACUUCAGUGUGCGUCAUUGAAAUUAUACUUUUCAAGAACCAGUUUCCUGACCUCUACAUUGUGAUACUCAUAUAGCAUUGGUUGAAAAAAUGGAUUGGAACAAAAUGGCAAAAACGUGUCAUGGAUAUUACAUACACACGUGUAUUACUUAUGCUAGUCAAUUCAAUUAUUUUUUUCUUAAAUAAAAUGCAAAUUGUUGUUAUUCUAAGAUUUCUUCAGUUUAGUAAUCCAUUAUGAUUUUUUCCCUUGUAACGUUUUAAGAGAUAACAUUGAGAUUUGAGAUGUGCCUUCCAAAAUCCACUUUGAUUGCUGAAUUUCAUUAGAUUUCAAAAAUAAAACUAAGAUAAUUGUUUUCAAAUUAUUUGUAUUAAAAAUGCACAAAUAAAUCAUUUCAAUGAUACAUUCUCUAAUGUUUUUUUAUAUUGCUCUCCAAAGUAACUCAAAUGAAUUUCCAGGUACAUAGAAUUACACGAACUCAGAGGCAAAUUAUUAUGUUUCUGAGCUCUCCAAUAUUUAUAAAUAGUGAAUUAGUGUUAAAAUAUGCAAUGUCUGUACAAUAAUAUAUUUGUUUUUUAACAAACUCCCCUAACCAAGUAUUUGAUUUUAUUUAUUUAGUCAAUAAACAGUAAAAACUGCAUGUGACACAUGGGGGAAAGGAUCUGCCCAAGUUUUCUUGAGCUCCAGAAUGCCUUCCCAAAAUCUUAACUAUAAAUAAUUG